AUGAGGAUUCGUCUGCAGAAACAGUCUCCUAUAGGGGGGCACCGGCCGCCUCAGGAACCUCCCGAGGCAGCACCGGCUAUGAUCAUCAUCUGGUGCAUCCGCCGCCGGUCCACCUCCUUCUUCAGCAUGCCCACGCAGCUCGCGACGACGAGCGCCUCGACCGCGUCCCGCGCGCGGCUGCCCUUCGCGCCCGUCCACCGCGACAGGUCGACCGCCAGCCUGCCCCCGUUCCCCGCCGCGCUGCGCCCGGUCCCUUCCGUUCUCGUGCCCGGCCCGCGCACGAGCUGGGCGACCCGCGCCGUCGCGUAG